GUCAAUGGUCAAUGAGAAUUUUGUGCCUCCAAAGUCAACAUGGUGAUGCAGCCCUGGGCUUGGUACCCUGCUCUGCCCCUCCCGUAUCACUCGUAUAAAACAAGGACUCCAGCAGAGAUCUGUUCCUGACAAAACGCUCCCGAUUCUGUCUGCCCGUCCGUCUCACCGACUGAUGCCAUGACGUUUGUUGCUCCUCCCGGCUAUCAGCCAAUCUACGGCCCUAGAAUUCCCUAUCUGGGGCCAAUUUAUGGAGGCCUGAGGGAAGGGGUGUCCAUUUACAUCCAGGGGUCCAUUCCGGAGAACAUUACCAGGUUCUUAAUCAACCUGCUCUGCGGAGAGUCUGAGUCCAGCGACAUCGCCCUCCACAUUAACCCUCGAUUUGACGGCCGGGACAAGGUGGUCUUUAACUCUUGUCAGGCGGGAUCCUGGGGUUCUGAGAACAAGAUCCGUGAUAUGCCCUUCAGGAAAGGCCAAACCUUUGAAAUGGUCAUCAUGGUCAAUUCCCAGGGCUACCAGAUUAAAGUCAACGGGAAUGAGUUCCACAACUUCGAACACCGUCUACCUUUGAACAGGGUUUGCGCGUUGCAGAUCGCUGGAGAUGUUUCCAUCCAGACUAUUAACAUCAUAGGGGGCGGAAUGGGAGGAGGAAUGGGAGGAGGAAUGGGAGGAGGAAUGGGAGGCGGAAUGGGAGGAGGAAUGGGAGUAAGUAUUCAUAAUUUCACUGUAAAAAUUAAAUUCCAACACAGCAUUUUACAGUAUUUAACAUGUUAACAACCCACUGUUCAACAGGGAGGCUAUCCACAAGGUGGCAUGGGGGGAGGAUACCCAGGUGGCAUGGGAGGCGGAAUGGGAGGAGGAAUGGAAGGAGGAUAUCCAGGAGGUGGCAUGGGGGGUGGAUAUCCAGGAGGAAUGGGAGGUGGUAUGGGGGGAGGAUCAAACCUGCCGGGCAUGGGCGGGCAGCCGGUCUACAAUCCUCCUGUGCCCUACUCCACCAUGAUCCCAGGAGGGAUGUACCCUAAGCGGACCAUCAUCAUCAGAGGCAUGGUGCCCUAUGGAGCACAAAAAAUGUGCAUCAACUUUAAGGUGAGCAGAUCUCGGGACAUUGCCUUCCACCUGAACCCCAGGGUGAGGGAGGGCAUCGUGGUGAGGAACAGCAUGAUUGGAGGUAACUGGGGCCAGGAGGACAGAGAGGCCAGCUUGAACCCCUUCAUGGAGGGACAGUACUUUGAUAUGUCCAUUCGCUGCGGGAACCAGAGGUUCAAGGUGUUUGUGAAUGGGCAGCACUUGUUUGACUUCGUCCAUCGCCUGCAGUCCUUUAAUGAGGUUGACAUGCUGGAGAUAGAAGGCGACGUGCAGAUCUCCUACAUCCACUUCUGAGACCAGACGCACCUUUUAGACACUAUCAAUUCUGUACAAUAUUCAUCUAUUUCAUUGGUUUAUCAGUGUUUAGAUGAUAUUUAAGAGGAUAUGUCCGCCACUGUGUUAUAUCAGGUUCUUAAUCUUCCUGCUGUGUGAUCAUAAAUCAUAAUUCGACAAAUCAUUACCUCAUUGCCGGCUGUAUUGUUAAUAAACUUGUCACUUACACAUAUGCUUUGGAUGAGAUUAAUAUUGACUACACCAAAGCUCAGGAGGAGAGCUCAUUCACGAUGAACACAUUUAUUUCUUAUACAAAAUACUGCAGGUACUGUAUAAAACUUUGUUUACAAAUCAUGACAAUAGAAAGGCAAUUAUAGUACAGUCUUCUCCCAAUUCCACACAGGAAUCAGGAGAAUCACAAUCCACACACACUUUUAUUGUAAUGCAAAAAUACUGGCUCUCUGAAGGCACUGAACGUAAAGAUUUAAGGCUGAACUGACUGUAAUGUUUAAAACGCACUAGUUGGUGUAACACUGCUGGCAUAUCCAUCUGCUUUCAAAUUGAUAAAAUAUUUGUACAGACCAAAUUAGACGAGUACCUCAUUCUCAGCACCACUUUCUGUAGGUCACAAACAACGGAGGGCCAUCACUCACUGAGCAUACGGUACCACAUGUAUAGCAAGAAAUGUACAUUUCAUCUAAACAAGGAAUUUGAGUAAUGCUACAUGUAUAAAGGAUAACUGUAUACUGUUUCAUAUAUAAGUACCUUCGAUG